AUGUUUCGAACUCAUACUAAUGCAUCAUUAGCAAAGAUGAAUGUUAAAAAAACUUCAGCUGAAGCUGAUAAUAUUCAUAUUUUAACAACGUAUCUUACAAAUGAUGAAAUACAUUUGAUUAUUCAUGAAGCCCAUGAACAAGCAAUUGCAUUUGCCAAAAUUCUUAAAUUUGUUGAAUAUAAAAAUCUUUUUUAUAGUAGAACUUUUAUUACACAUAUAUCAGCUUAUGAAAAUGAUUUAAAAGAUGUUGAUUUAAAUCAGGAUAAUGAUGAAUUAGAAGAAAUUAAAGAAAUUGAUAAAGCUGAUUGUGAAUUAGAUGAAAUUUGUAAGGCUGCAGAGUUGGUUAGCACAUAUGAUGUUUUCAAUUUGGAAGAAACUGAUGAUUUAGAACAGAGAGAAUUGGAUAUUUUAUAUUUAAUAUCACAACGUCACAAACAUGAAGCUUAUACUAGUCAAAGAAUGGAAAGGAUUUACAUGACGCGUAAUUUGACUCUGAGUUUUAAUAAAAUUAAUAAUAUAGUUGCUUUGGCUCAAAAUGAUGGCGCAAAAUCUGGAAUGUUAAGAAUAAAGCAAAAUAGAAAAUGCGUUACAAAUGUUACUUUGGAAAAUCCCGCCAAAUGUGAUGGUUACGCAUUUGCACUUUUAGGAUCAAAAGUUUAUCUUAUUCAAAUUUUGGCUAUGCAUUAUAAAUUAUCAAAUUAUCAUUCUUAUAUUGAUAAUACUAGUUGUAUUGAUUCACUUUCUUACAUUUCAGCAUGUGUUUAUACAGAGUAA